AUGGAAGGCCACCUCAUCCCAGAUCCGACUAAUGAGAAUGCCACAAUACUGUUGAUGGGGUUGAGAAGGUCCGGCAAAUCAAGUAUAUGUAAAGUUGUUUUCCAUAAGUUGCAACCAUUGGACACCCUCUACCUGGAAAGCACAUCUAAACCUACCACAGAAAAUUUCAGAAGUCUUAUUAAUUUGUCUGUCAUCGAGCUUCCAGGACAACUGAAUUUCUUUGAGCCAACAUACGAUCAUGAGAAGCUUUUCAAAUCAAUUGGCGCUUUAGUUUACAUCAUAGACAGUCAGGAUGAAUAUUUGAACGCAUUAACCAACCUUUCCAUGAUUAUCUCAUAUAUCUACAAGGUUAACCCCAAGAUAAAUGUUGAAGUACUGAUACAUAAGAUAGACGGACUUAGUGAAGAUUUCCGGUUGGAUACACAGAGAGAUAUUAUGCAGCGAGUAGGGGACGAACUACUGGAUCUUGGAUUGGAAGGAUUGCAGGUAUCCUUUUACUUAACAUCUAUUUUCGAUCAUUCCAUCUACGAAGCAUUCUCUAGGAUUAUUCAAAAGUUGAUCUACGAACUUCCUGCUUUGGAAAAUUUGCUGGACUUACUGGUUCAAUACAACAAAUUCGAAAAGCUGUUUCUGUUUGACGUUAAUUCCAAGAUUUAUGUGGCUACUGAUAGUUCACCGGUUGAUAUUCAGACAUAUGAGGCAUGUGCAGAGUUCAUUGACGUCACCAUCGAUCUAGAUGGAUUAUAUGGAGAUGUCAAGGAUAGUGAUGAAUCAAAAGGUAAUCCAACAAAAUGUAUUUCUAGACUACAGAAUGGAUCCGUUUUGUACUUGCAUCAAAUGAUCAGAGGGCUUGCCCUAGUGGGAUUAGUACGACUGGACAAUACAGACCAAUUCUCAAUGGAGUUUAAAAACGCUCUCUCAUUGAUAGAUUUCAAUGUUAACGUCUUCAAGAAAUCUCUUGAAGACAUGUGGAAGAACUCGAGACUUUAA